AUGGCCCCAGUCAUCGCAAGCGCAAUGGAUGCCACAACAGAGCUCCUCAAACGUGAUGCCAGUUCACCAUCAAACUAUCCUCUCUAUAUCUUCGCUAUCAUUGCUGGUUGCGUGGCGUUUGUCCUCAUUGGGUGCGCCAUCUGGACUAUGUACCAUGGAAUAGAAGACAAAGAAUUCCACGAUGUCGGUUAUGAACAACGGAAAUAUAUGCGCGAAGUACGACAGAGAAACGUCAACAGUCUCGCCGUUACUGCAAAAAGGCCUGAUAUGAUCAUUCCUGUUGAGCAAUUGAACUAUUGA